GAGCAUGGCGGCGGCGAUCGCGGGCCCCGGCCGGGCUCUGCUGCGGGCAGGCGCCGAGCGGCUGUUCGGAACAGGGGCCUGGGAUCUACUGCGGCCGCCCCUGCAAGGGGGCCUGAAGCGCGACCUGAGCCUUUCUCACAGUCGGGGCACGGUGAUCGUGGAGCGCUGGUGGAAGGUGCCGCUGGCUGGGGAGGGUCGGAAGCCGCGCCUGCACCGGCGGCACCGAAUCUACAAGCUGGUGGAGGACACGAAGCACCGGCCCAAGGAGAACCUGGAGCUCAUCCUCACGCAGUCUGUGGAGGAACUUGGGGUCCGGGGUGAUGUGAUCUCCGUGAAGAAAUCCGUCGGCCGGAAUCGACUCCUUGCUCAGGGACUGGCAGUGUACGCCUCUCCGGAGAACAAGAAGCUUUUCGAAGAGGAGAAAUUGCUAAGACAAGAAGGAAAGUUGGAGAAGAUCCAGACCAAGGCAGGCGAGGCGACGGUGAAGUUUCUGAGGACCUGUCACCUGGAGGUGGGGAUGAAGAAUAAUGUCAAGUGGGAGCUGAACCCUGAAAUAGUUGCCCGCCAUUUCCUCAAGAACCUUGGUGUUGUGGUUGCCCCUCAUGCGUUAAAGCUACCGGAAGAACCCAUCACUCGGUGGGGCGAGUACUGGUGUGAGGUGACGGUCAAUGGGCUUGACACUGUGAAAGUGCCCAUGUCUGUGGUAAACUUUGAGAAGCCCAAGACCAAAAGAUACAAGUACUGGCUGGCCCAGCAAGCUGCUAAGGCUGUGACGUCCCCCGGCAACCAGAUGUGAACCAGCUCUCGUUCCAAGACAGCAAGGCCAGCUCAGAGGAGCAGGGCUACAUAGCUGGACCAGUAUGCUGAUCUUACUCCCAGCUCUAACCCAAUGUGGAAUUCAGGAGGCUAUACAGAGAAAUCAGACUAAACCACAUACACAUCUUGAAUUCUCCACAUUGUCAUUUCCGUCCUUGGCUGGCAUCACACCCGGCCUUCCUGGGGCAGUGCUGCUCAGGAAGUACCAGGCUGGAGACUGGACCAGGUGGGUACCUGGAAGCUGGAGGGAACCGUCCAGAUUCUGCUCUUCCUCCGUUGGAGUUUAUUGGGACAAGUGGAGGAGUAAGCUGUUGGAACUGCCCCUCGACUCAGUUCUUCAUUCGAGCAUCUGCAUCUCAAGCAGAAAUAAAGAGGUGUGUUCUCUUU